CAUUACCCUCAUAGAUACCAGGAAGUUGUGCAUGUUUUUUACUAUGAUGGUGUCCAAAAAUGCUCUCCUGAAAUCACAUCCGAUCAGGAACUCCUUGAGAUGUUCCGCAAACAUGUCGAUAGCAAGGUAGUUCACAUGACCAUUACAUACACUGAUCCCACAGAUGAUGUGUCUGUUCCUGAGUGCUACACCACAGAAAAUUCAGAUGUGCUUGAUCCAUCUUUAUCUGCAGCAAGCCAAUCCACUGAGGCAAUAUAUAGCCAACUUACAAAGCCAUCAACAAGCCAGCCCACUGAACCUAGCACAAAUAAAACUAACGAAGAUGAUGUUGAGUGUCUAGCAAAUCCUCGUCCACAAAAUGAACAUGUGAGUGUCGAUGAUGAAGCCUUCUACUUACUUUCUCAUAAAACACAUGUGGUUGAGGAAAGCGACUCCGAGUCUGAUUCUGAAUCUGAUGUGGAGUACGUGGAAGAUGAUGGCUUAAUUGGAAAAGAUCCUUUGCCACCCAGGCCUAUUGUAGCUUAUGACCGAAAUGACACUCCAAUGAGUGUAGGCAACGUAUAUCCCAACAUGAAGCAAUUUAAGUUGGCACUUAAUCAGCAUGCUAUCAAACAUGAAUUUGAGUAUCUCACUGAAAAGAGUGAUCCAGGAAGAGUGAGGGCUUAUUGUUCAAAGAAGGUGGAAGAAGGGUGUAGGUGGAGGUUACAUGCACGCACAAAGGAAGACAAAUCAUUGAAGGUGACAAGGAACCCACGUAAACAUACUUGUUCUAGUGCAAGAAGAAGCCAGGUUGUGAAGAAUGCAACAAAAUUCUGGGUGUGUGAACAAGUGAAGGAUUGGUUGAUGGAGGAUUCAAGUUUAGGAGCUAAAGAAUUACAGAGAAGGAUAAAGGACAAGCACAAGGCAGAGGUACCUUACAAAAGAGUGUAUGCAGUUGCUGUUGGAGUUUUUGACUCAGAAACAAAUGAAAAUUGGAUCUGGUUUAUGCAAAGGCUUAGAGAUGCCAUUGGAUCACCACUUGCCCUGGCUAUAUGCACAGAUGCUGGACAAGCAGUUAUGGCAGGUGUAAAGGAAGUGUUCCCAUCAGCUGAACAUAGGGAAUACAUGCUACAUUUAGUAAUGAACUUUAAGAAAAGAUACACUGGGAAGGUAUUUGAAGAUCGCCUCUGGGCAGCAGCAUAUUCAUGGAGCCCAUAUAUCUUUGAGAAAAAUUGGAGUGCAAUGGAUGAGGCUAAUCCAGAAGCAAUGGAUUACAUAAGGAAACAUCAUAGUAAGGGUCCGCCAAAGAAAAGGAAGACAAAUGUUGCACCACCUUUUGAGAGCAGCAUUGUACCUGUUGGUCCUAAAAUAAUGCAUUUUCCUACUAGCCGGAGUGCCUCGGUUACCUUAGGAUCUGGAAACUCGGUAAGGUCUGGAAGUGGUUCAAACCAACCUGAGCCACUUUACAUGGAGUACCCUGCGCUACCUGCAUGUGAGACCACACCACCUCCUGCCAUCUCCAAGCCUACGUCAAAGAAGGCAGCUAAAGAGAAGGCGAAGGAACAUAAAGAGAAGGCGCAAACAGCUAAAGGGAAGGCAAAGGCAGCAGGGAAAAAGAAGAAGAAGAAGGAAGUUUCAGUGCCACAUGAUAGUCCGACAAUGGGUACUAGAAGCAAGACCACACCCCAGAAGGACAGCCCUGCCUCACAAACUAGAAGCAAAAGAAAUCUUCCACUUCCAGAUCUCAACUGCUAG